CCCGUGCGCCCUUUCCGCCCCUCUCCGCGUCGGCCCCGGAGCCGCGAGCAGCCGGCGCCCGGGACGUGCCUGCGCCUCCGGCCGCUGCGCCUCUGCUGCGGCCGCUCCGGCGGCCUCCGCCUUCUCCGCCGAGCCGGCUGCACCCCGGCCCCGUCCAGCGGCUGCUCUCGGCGUCGUCGGUUUCCGAGUUUGAUUGCUUACGGAGAUUUGUUUUUUCCAUUUCUUUUUCCUUUUACGAUUUGAAAAAGAGGAAAGAACGCGCAGCAGGCUGGGACGGUGAAGCGCCACCAGCUGCCCCCACGUGGACACCUCCGAGGGGAAAGGGAAUUGGAAGCAAACUUGGUCCAGCUGGCCUUGAGGCCUCAACUUCUGCCGGACCCUGAGGCCCGGGGUCAUGACUCUCACGCCACGCAGGUGGAAGGCUUUACCUGUCCUGGGCUGGACUUGAGCCCCUGCCCGUCUUCAGCAACCAACAACCCCCCCACACCCCCACCCCGGACUCCUGCGCUAGGCUCUGCCACCCGUUUGCGACAUGGAUAAGUACGGCGACCUGGGCCUGGAGGCCAGUAAAUUCAUUGAGGACCUGAACAUGUACGAGGCCUCCAAGGAUGGACUGUUCCGAGUGGACAAGGGGGCAGGCAACAACCCCGAGUUUGAGGAAACACGCCGGGUGUUUGCCACCAAAAUGGCCAAAAUCCACCUCCAGCAGCAGCAGCAGCUCUUGCAGGAGGAGACCCUGGCCAGGGGGGGCCGAGGCCCGGUCAAUGGUGGGGCUCCCCCGGGCCCACAGGCCCGCCGGGAAGCUGGCGUGGGCAGCAAGCUGACCAUGGAUGGUGCUGCCAAGCCCCCUCUCGCUGCCUCGACAGUGGGUCCUGGGACGGCCACCUCCAUCGCCCCCGGGCAGCCCUUGUACCCACCCCAGGAGCAGAGGGCCAGGCCGUAUGCCCGCAGCGCAAGCCAUGGCAGCCAGGACUGUGGCUCCAAGGAGAGCCUGGCAAGCUGGGAGAUGUCUGCCUUCCGCCAGCUGGGCCCCUGCGAGGAUCCUUCCUGCCUCACCCACGGAGACUAUUAUGACAACCUCUCCUUGGCAAGUCCAAAGUGGGCCGAUGAACCAGGAGUGUUCCCCGGCAUCAGGCCGGGUGCAGGGAGUGGGUGGCCUGGCACCGCAGGGACUGACGCGCCACUGCCCAGGCCCUCCCGGGACCAUCCCCUGUACCAGCCUCAGCUCUCCCCGAGCUCUAGCAAGUCAUUUGAGAGCAGCCAGGAUGGUGGUGUUGGUGGGCGCGGUGAUGAGAAGCCAGCUGGGCUUUGGACAACUGCCUCCUCCCAGCGGGUGAGCCCUGGCCUUUCUUCCCUAGGCCCGGAGAACGGGGCCCUCUUGGGGCGCAUUCAGCCCAGGACCCCCUCUUUCUUAGCACCCUUGGCCCAGAGCUGCCCCAGCCAAGGAGCUCUUCCAAGAACAAACUCGGGGGUGGGGAGUGAGGUUUCAGGCACGAUGCCCAAACCCAUGGCGGACCCUCAAGCCUGGUUCCAAGAUGGACCCAAACCGUACCUUUCUAGCCCUGCUUCAUCAUCCUCACCAGCCAGCACGGACAGUUUGCAGGCGGGUGCAGCCCCUGGCCUGGGUCCCAAGCCCGUCUGCACAGACCCUGGCAUUGGUCCCAAGCUCGGCCCCACCAGCCCCAUCCACCCAGCGAUGUCCACCCCGCCUGAGUCCUCUUGUAAAGAAGGGCCCCCCGGCUGGUCGUUGGAUGGCAGCCUGGCGCCUGGGCUUCCGGAGAGCCCCAGCCCCCCCAGGGUGAGGCUGCCCUGCCAGACCCUCAUCCCAGGCCCUGAGCUUGGGCCCUCAGCCGCCGAAUUGAAGUUAGAAGCCCUCACCCAACGUCUGGAGCGUGAAAUGGAUGCGCACCCGAAGGCUGAUUACUUUGGAGCCUGCGUGAAGUGCAGCAAAGGCGUGUUUGGGGCCGGCCAGGCCUGCCAGGCCAUGGGGAACCUCUACCACGACGCGUGCUUCACCUGCGCGGCCUGCAGCCGGAAGCUGAGAGGAAAAGCCUUUUAUUUUGUCAACGGCAAAGUGUUUUGCGAGGAAGACUUCUUGUACUCUGGGUUCCAGCAAUCUGCUGACAGGUGUUUUCUUUGUGGACAUCUGAUCAUGGACAUGAUCCUGCAGGCGCUCGGGAAGUCCUACCACCCCGGCUGCUUCCGCUGUGUCAUCUGUAACGAGUGUUUGGACGGGGUGCCCUUCACCGUGGACUCCGAGAACAAGAUCUACUGCGUCCGAGAUUACCACAAGGUGCUGGCCCCCAAAUGUGCAGCCUGUGGGCUUCCCAUCCUUCCACCUGAGGGCUCCGAUGAGACCAUCCGUGUUGUGUCCAUGGACAGAGACUACCACGUAGAGUGCUACCACUGCGAGGACUGCGGUCUGGAGCUCAAUGACGAAGACGGUCACCGCUGCUACCCCUUGGAGGACCACCUGUUCUGUCACUCCUGCCACGUCAAGAGACUGGAGCAAAGCCCCUCGUCCGCCGCUCUUCACCAGCACCGCUUCUAGCCGGAGCCUCACCCCCCGUGGGAGAUGAGAAGCCAGGGUAGCAGACGAGACAUCUGCCUGUUACUUCCCGUGGCCCCCGGGGUGGGGGGGGAGUCGGGCUGGGGGGAGAGGGGUUAGGCAGGCAAGUUUCUGCCUGUACGCCUGGGGUGCCUUUCCUUGAACCGGGGAGCUGAGCCCUACCUGUCUGGCAUGUGUAUUUUCCAAGUGCCUUUCUGCACUGCCGCGCCCUCGUCACAUUACUCAGGAAGACACUCCAGCCGUGCGUGGCAUGUGACAGGAUCGUAUCCGUGCAACCGAAGGCACCCUCCAGCCCCUCUGGGAGCAGUUCAGGCUGCAGAGGGAAAGGGUUACACGGAGCGUGUGUCACAAUAUCCUCUGAAGAGAGACCUCGCUGCCUAUACAUUCAGCCCUUUCAUGUCCCCUGGGGACAAACCCACACCCAGACACUACUGCACCACACACAUACACGUACACAACGUGAUCUGAGACUGCGCCCAGACGUGCACGCGCGCACACACACACACACACACACACAGCGUUAUUUAAGACUUCCUUCCAGCCCAGAGACUCAGUUCUUCCGUCGAAGGGCUGCACGUUUUCAUUGCAUUAUGGCAAGAGGGAAGCUGUCGCGUGUGCUCUGUAUUGUAGGAAGAAUUUCAUUGCUAAACCAGAGCCAAGUUUUGAAAUGAGUGAGCCAGGCGGGCUUCCCUCCUGGUACGCUGGCCGCGCUUUAUGUGCUUCUGCAAAUCUUCAUUCCCUUCAGGGCAGCGGGGAGCCCAACGGAGAUUUGCCCCAUUCUAGCAAAGUGUGCAUUGGGACAAGGGCUUGGUGCAGGCACCUGGCCCCCUUUGCCCACCUGUUUGCACUGUUUCUCUCUGGAGCUCUCGAGAGUCUGUGACUCCGGAGUCGCUCCCAAAAAGGCAAGUCUCAGGAUCGCACGUGGGGACAUCUCUGGGCCUGUUUUCGCUUCUCUAACCACGGGGCGCGGGCCGCCCUGCCCACCUGCUGAGAGCUCCCUUUCUCCACGGGGAGAGUUGGUGUGUGUGCAAGACCUCUAAGCAGCACGGGAGGGGGUGGCCCAGGACUGAUGACUGUGUUCACCGAGCACGUCCCUCCCUCACCUAGUUCUUGGCACGGGCGUGACGUGUGACGAGACCCGUAUAAGGUACCCUGCUCUUGUCUGGUUUUUCUUCUUGUUUCUGAUCGUCUCCCCCCACUCUCAGUCUCCCACACACACAGAAUACCUCACAGAUAAGAGCUUCACCAGACCGCAGAUAAGGAGGCAUUCGGCCCUCGCCCUGACCUCACAUGCCUCGUGGUGUGUGCGGAGUCUCGGCCGCCUUGCGGGCCAAAUGCCCGCGGCUCGGGGCAUUGUCAUCUUAACUAAAGGUCGGCUGGCAGUGGGUCGGCUCGAACAUGGGUGUUACUGUCCUGAUGCCGUUCAUCAGGCCGGUUCCCCUGGGGGGGCGGGGGGUGGGGUGGGGGGAGGGCCACGCACUGGCAAGGGUUCAAGGCCACCCGUGCACUCAGGAAGCCCUGCGUGUGACACACUCCUGAGACCAGGAGAGACCACACUCCGUAUCCCUGCUAGUUCAAUGAAAAGAUGGUGUUAAAAAAAAUUAAAAAGCAGGCUGGCUGGCAUUUGCCCUCUCAGCCCAUGGGGUGGCCCGCGGGAGGGCAGGGGCCGGCUCACUGCCGCCAGCCGGUCUGGGAGUAUCACGCUGGGGUCUGCCCUCCGCCUCCUCACCUCACCCCCAGGGCAGCAGGGGCCACGGAGGGCGGCGGCGGAGCCCAAGGCAUGUGGGACUCACAGACUUUUCAGGGGGCUUCAUUUGGUAGCAGCUGCCCUAAGACACUCCUGUUUUUGUUACAUUCAUUCUGUUAGACAGCCAGAUGUCGCUUCAGCCCAGGCUGUGGGCUUCCAUCGAUUCCAUGUGGCCCGGGCCGAGCCUCCAGACGCCUGUGGAUGCAUGGGGCCGGGGGAGUGAACCCUGGGGCUGAACCCCUCUCUUCCCAGAUUCCCCAGCUCGGCUCUGGCAAGGCUGGGGGGCACACGAAGCCAGCUGAUACGUCUUAACUUGGCCUUGCCAACCUAGGAGCGUUUCUGUCCUUGCUGACACGCCUUUGCUCCACUUGCAAGUCCAGCAAAAGUGCAGAAAAUUGCCUGAGAGCAACUGUCAGAAGCAGGGAUUUGUUUGCAAAUUGGGUGACUAAUUAGUUGAAAAAAAAAUCUGUGAUUAAUGUUUUAAAUGAUAUGUUUUAAGUGGCCUUGAUGGAGGUGAUUCAGAUAUCUGCAAAUAUGGUGUUUUCUACUAUUGAGGAAAGAACAAUAAGAGACUUUCCAGAAGCCCGAGAAAUCGGAGCAGCAAGUUGCAGAAAUCUUGCGCCCGCUCUGUUUCUCAGGUUCUGGCACUAAAGCCACGAGGAGAUGUUCACCUGCGUGGUAUCGUAGACAUUCUGUAAGCUGUUAGCCAAACAGAAUUGUCACAGGAUUGUAUUUAUAGGCACCUAGAAAGGAGGCACAAGGACCCAGUAGAGGAGGAAUUUGUUUAUUUUAAAAGGUAGAGCAGAGAGCCCUUCCUGAGUUCCCUAGAUAGCUCUUGGACUUUAGAUACACAAGAAAUAAGGUCUUAUGACAGACCCCCCAAGGCCAGCCUCCAGCCUUCUCCCCGGCCGCAUUUGGGCCAUAGUUUUUUUCUCCGCUUCCCCUCCCCCGCCCCAGCGAGGGCCAUUCAGAAGCUGCCAGGGGGGUCUGAGGAGAGCCAACGACCUGGUUUGGAGUGCUCUUCUCUCUGAUGUUCUCCCACCGGCUGCUGGGGGAAGAGUACGUGUUCACUUCUCACCAUGGGAAGGCAUUACGUUCUGUCUGGGUCAUUGCCCAUACAUGGCAGCAGGACUUCCCACUUCUCCAUGGUCAGUGCUCGAGUGAGAACCUCUUUCGGCCCAGUCCACUGAGGUGGGGCUGCCAACCACGUGUGUGGGUCUUGACCGCACACCAGCCUUGUUGCAGGACGCACUUGUUCCAACGCUGUCUGCCAGGAAACCCAAGUUCUUCGUAGUCUCCUCCGUGUCAGGAAUCAGUUCUCAUUUCCAGGUUAUUUGAAGUCAGUCUUAAAAGGAAUAAAAUACAAUGAGUAGAAUACAUUAUCUAUCGUUCUGAGCUGGAACUGGACAGAUGUGGGAAAUUUGCAUAUAGUAUGUGAAAAUUUCACCGUGCAGGGAAAUUAUUUUCCUCUGUAUCUCUUCUUUUCCUAUAAAAAUUAUUCAGAAUUGUACUGUUACUGUAAAAUUUUUCCAAAUAUUGUUACUACAAAAUUAUUCAGAAUUGUACUGUUGCUAUAAAAUUAUUCAGAAUAUUAUUGCCAAUAAACUGCAUCGAUUUGUAGACGAUUAAAGUGCUCUCCCAACACGA